AUGUCCUUUCGUUCCCUGCCACUCGUUGGCGCUUGCUUCAUUGCCUUUCAAGUUGCGACGGCCCAGAAUACGGUUUCCCUAGCCAUCACCGCCCAGCCGACCUCGGGCGCAUCGGGCAUUAUCAGUCCCUCUUUCGCCGGCUUUGGGAUCGAAUCCUCGAACCUCUUCUCCUUCACGGGUGGCAGCAAGCAGAAUGAGUUGACGCAGAACUUGUUGGCGAAUUUGGCAAACUAUACCGGCACCCCGCCGCAUCUACGUAUCGGCGGGAAUACUCAGGACUACUUUGUGUAUAAUGCCUCUCAGAAUGACUAUGCUUGCGAGAAAAAUCAGCAUAGUGUCGGACAGGGUGUUUAUGCCUCGGACUCCAUGGUGAUUGGCCCGCGCUUCUUCGAGGUCAUCAAUCGCUUUCCCAGCAAUACUCCCAUCACGUUCGGCCUGAACCUGGCCUAUGAAGAAGACGACUACAUCGACCAAAUCACAACCAUGGCCUCUCAGGCCGUGGACCGGCUGACCGACGUUAAUCUCGUCUCCUUUGAAAUUGGCAACGAGCCGGAUUUGUACUUGGAGAAUGGCUUUCGCACGGGUUCCUGGGGCGGCCAGGCGUAUACCCAGCAGUGGUUGGAUCGUGCGAGUGCCGUCUGGCAGCAAGUUCUGAAACCCAAAGGCCUACAAAGCAACUUCUUCGAACCAGGCGCCACCGCCUCCACCAUCGGUACAACAUUUCAAAUUCAGGAUCUGGACUCCUCCGGCAUCACCGUGAAAGCUAAUGACUCUUCAAACUCGUAUGUCGCCAGCUGGAAUCAACAUGAUUAUUACUACUACGUAGGGGUGUCGACUUACCCCCUCACUCAAUAUCACUUUAUGACCUUGUCCACAACGAAUGACCAGUUUGCCGCGUGGGAGGAGCAGAUCACUCAGGCUGAGAACACCGGGUAUCCCUACGCUCUGCGGGAGAUGGGUGUCGUGGGCCCCAUCGGAAUGGAGGACAUGACGGACGUCUUUGGCGCGGCGCUCUGGAGUCUCAACUUUUUGUUUUAUGCGGCAUCUCUCAACAUUUCCUCGGUUCAAAUGCACAUGACGGAUAACAGCAAUGCAAGUGCCUGGCAACCAAUCGAGUACUAUGGCAACCAGCCAUUUGUUCGACCCAACUACUAUGCCUUUGCUGCCUUCGACCAGACCAUAGGCCCUACAUGCCAGGCUCAAGUCGGCGGGUACGUCCUUCAUAACAUGAGCGACCCAUACGGCGGCCGAAUUGCGGCAUAUUCCGUGUACCAAGACAGUAAACUAUCCUCGAUCGUCUUGAUCAACGCAAACCCAGUUAAUGUCUCGGAGUCCGACAAGCCCAGUCUAACAUUCGAGUUGACAUUACCAACCGAGUUUGCAGGAAAGGACUUAUACUUGGCCUACCUGACCAACGAUGGGGCGGACGCGAAACAUGGAACGACCUGGAAUGGCAUCAGCUACGAAAAGAGCGGUGACGGGACACCUACCCGAGUCAACGAUACGGUGGAGGCAAUCACCAUCGGUCAUGGUGGGCUUGUCAAUGUCACAGUACGAGAUAGUCAGGCGGUCAUUGCCAAUAUCGGCACUCCAGUCGGACAACAGGAUCCGAAUCAUAGUGCUUGCCAGGCACUGGCUUCGAAAACGCCCGAUGCCAAACCCGUAUCGACACCCGUCGGGACCAGCACUGCAAAUAGCGCAUCCUCGACUCACACCAACGCGGCCACGAGGACGGUUAGCAGCGCGAAGUCGAGCAACACCAACGGCGUUUCUAGCCUCCCUGCGAUGUUUCUGGGCAGUUUGGUGUCCGCAGCGUUUACGGGGAUCUGUGUGCUGUUGCUAUAA